AGCGGUUAACCCGGCGUUUUUUUCGUAGACGCACUUACCUACUGCGAUGUUUUCUAUAUCUAUGGCUAUUGUGUUUGAUUCAGCGUGAUACUACGUCCAGUGUCCAGUUUAGUAGACGAAGAAUCUAAAACAGUCUAAAAGAAAAGAAGAAAGAGAAGAUUUCUCAAUGUAACUCGAUCUUCUGUCAGUGUACUUAAGAAUAUUAGAAUAAUCCUGUGCAAAAGUUCACACACAAUCGAGGAUUGAUCAAGGUUGCUUUUGAUAACAAUAAACCAUGAUUACGACUUGGAAGUUAUUAUUUCCUAUUAAUGGAAUUAAUUUAUUAUGUGCAAGGAGAUUGGCUACCCCACAAGAUUCCACUAUAUCCAAACUUAAGCGCAAUAUAGAAAAAAGCAUUUUACCACCAAAACCAAAAAAACCAUUAAAUGCAUUUAUGCAAUAUUUUCUUUCUGUAAAAGACAAGCUGCAUAAAGACUAUCCUAAUUAUACGCAGAAAGAACUUUUGAAAAAAGUAGCAGAACAAUGGACACAAGUGGAGUCAGGAGUAAAAGAGAAUUUACAAAAGCAAUAUAUGGAACAACUAUCUGUGUAUAAACAAAAAUUAAUGGAUUACAAAAAUUCUAUAACUGAUGAUCAGCAGAUGCUAAUUAAAAAAGAAUUAAUAAAAAAAGAGCAUGCUCUAGAAAGGAGCCAAGUUAAACAAAAACUUGCAGAACUAGGAAAACCAAAGCGACCAUUAUCUGCUUUCCUAUUAUUCAUGCAGAAUAACAGAAAAGAUUCACAAGUAUCGCAGCAGGACUGGAUGAAGAUUUUGAGUACAGAAUGGAAGAAUUUGACAAUGGAAGCUAAAAAUAAAUAUAUAGUAGAAGCAGCGCAAUUAACAGAAAAAUAUAAAACUGAAGUAAAGAAAUGGGAGGAAAAUAUGAUUCGAACAGGUCAUCAAGAUAUGCUAAAAUCUACUCUUAAAUCUAAACGCGAUACCGAUAUUGAUUUCACCAAUGUCAAAACUCGAAACAAAGAGAAUGUUAAAACAGGUUGGGGCACUGAUAUACAGUAUUUGCAAGAAAAUAUUUCUGAUGCUAAUAGAAGUGAUCAAGGAUAUAAAUCUACAACAAGCUUGGUACUUUACAAUGACAAAAACAAUUUACGAGAUAUAAUGAAAUAUUCAGGAAACACAACAACAGAUGCAGUGAUAAACAAUGUUAAUGAAUCAACAGUGCAACCUCACGAAUCACGUACACAGAUGCAUAAGUAUUUUGCUUCUGCAUGGCAAAGAUUUUUAACAGUCGUGAAAGAGCGGAGUAAAAAUUGGAAGAUGAAAUUUACACUAACCCAAGUGGAUUAACUUACGAUGAUGACAGCAGCAGAUACAUCCGAUGGAUUAGACUAAUCUACUUUAUAUUUAGAUACUGACAAUUAUGUGAAUCAUCUUGAAUCAAAUACGAAUUAUUUUAACAGAU